UUGAGAAAUACGGGGCUGGACGACUUAUAAAACCUCAGAUAAUCAAAAGCCUGCGUCAGUGCAGGCGAAGACAUUGGAGCUACACAAUGAGGUGCCAAAUCUUUUCCGUGCUGUUCCUGAUCUUGACUGUGGAACCAGAGUGUUCAUCAGGCAAUGAUAGAUUCUUCAUCUCAGCACCCGGAGUGUUUCACGUGGGUGUUAAUGAGAAAGUGUUUGUCCAGAUGGGAAAACCCUGUCGUGUGAAACUCUACCUGAAGCAUGAGAUUCAGGGUACAGUUGUGUCCGAAGAGAAAACUGUUGAGUGCACAGCAGAAGGGGAGAUCCAAACAGUUGAGCUAAUGAUAGAAAAGGACAGGAUUUCAGGAUUGCCUCCACCUUUACCUGGACAUAAAUUCUACCUUAACCUAGUGACAGAGAACAACUGCUUCAGUCCCAACAAACACACAACAAGGGUUCUGGUAUCCAAACGCAUGGGCAAUAUCUUCAUUCAGACUCAUCAGCCAAUCUACAACCCCACACAGCAAGUGAGGUACAGGAUAUUCACCCUCGACCACAUGUACCGGCCUAAAGAAGGAGUUUUCCAGAUAUCAGUGUUUAAUGCUGCUGGAAACAGGAUAAUGAAGUCCCUCAAGACCGCAAAGGGAGGAAUACUCCAAGGCAUAUUCCCCAUACCUGAUGUCGCUAAGUUGGGCACAUGGAAGAUUACAGCUCAGUAUGAAGACGAUAAAACAUAUGCUGGUUCCCGAGAGUUCAAAGUUCAGAAAUUUGUUUUACCCAGUUUUGAGGUGAACAUCAUAACGAGGCAGAACUUUAUUUUAUCAAGUGAUGGACAGUUUGACUUCACCAUCUCAGCCAAAUAUUCAUAUGGUGAGGAUGUUAAAGGGGCUUACCAUUGCCAGUUUGGAGUGCUAGACAAACGGGCCCCUGGUCAAGAAAUGAAGCCUGUUUACAUCAGGAGGCUGGAGUUGACUGGUUCAGUCGAGAAUGGAGCUGCAGCAGCUUCUCUUAUGAUAGCUGACCUAGAUCUACAACUCCAGGAACAGAGGAACCAAACCCUCUCUGACCUCGAGCAAAGUGGAUCACAAGUCUACCUGGGAGUAUUUGUCACCAACAUACUAAGUGGUGAAGUGCAAGAGGCAGAAGUUUACCUUCCUAUCUUCUCCCACAAACACACCAUAGAUCUCUCUCGAACUCGCUCACAUUUCCUUCCUGGUUAUCCACUCGAUGUGGUGGCGCUUGUGCGUCACCCAGAUGGCUCCCCGGCAGCUGGUGUGCUAGUAGAGAUUAGUGUAUCAUCUGCAGAGAGAUCUUGGCAAGGCACCACUGACCAGGAGGGGGCAGUGUUUACUGUGUUUAAUAUUCGCACUGAUGAUCCGAUCACUGUUGAGGUGUCGGCAGGUGAUUGUACAGAGAGGAAAGUGCUUCAGCGUGCAUCAUCUCCAAGUAACAGCUACCUUUACCUGAGUUUUACCAACAAGAUCUACUCUGUGGGCGACUUACUAUCUGUAGAUUACAACACCAUCGGUGGCCAGCAAAAUGGGUUUAUAUACUACAUGGUCUUAAGCCGUGGGGCCCUAAUAAAAACGGGUUCUCACAGGCUGGGCACCUCAGUCAGAGACAACCUGCAGAUAACUUCUGAUAUGGUGCCAUCCUUCCGUCUGAUUGGCUACUACUAUGACCAGCGGGGUAACAUCAUUACAGACUCGGUGUGGGUCGAUGUCAGGGAUGAAUGUAAGAUAAACGUCAAGGUACAACAAAAAGGGUCGUCCAAACCUAAAGAAAGGUCUGUGCUACAUUUUGAUUUAAAUGGUCAGAGAGCCAAAGUGGCUUUGCUGGCUGUGGAUAAGGCCAUCUACGCUCUCCAUGCUGAUAAUAAACUUACCGGCAAACAGGUGUUCUCCUCCAUGCAGUCAUAUGACCUUGGUUGCUCAUACAGUGGAGGAUCUGACCCCAGAUCUGUAUUAGCAAAUGCUGGCCUGUCUUUUGUAACUAAAUCCAAGUCAGACUGGAAAAAGAGUCUUGACUGUGACUCCCAAUCUACACGACAGAGACGCUCUAUAGACCUUCAACAGGAAAUGAUGACUUUAAAAUCAAAUUUUACCGAUGAGAAGUUGCAAGAAUGUUGUGCACACGGGUUUUCUCUCAUCCCCAUGAAACGAACUUGUGAGGAGAGAAUGCGCAGAGUCUCUCUGGUGGAACCAAAUCGUCAAUGUGUAGAUGUGUUUUUAGAAUGCUGCCGUAAAGGAGAGCGACUGAGAAAGAAAAAGAUGCAAGAGGAUGCCCAGAAAGGACUUGCAAGGACUGAAAGCACAGCUGACAUUGAACAGUUCUUCAUGGACACAGCUGCUCAGUACAUUCGACGGUUUUUCCCCCCAAGCUUUGCCUUCACAGAAUUUGAAGUAAAUGGCCAAAAGAAUUAUGAUUUGACUCUACCUGAUUCCAUCACCACAUGGGAGAUUCAGGUCAUCACUUUGUCUCCAGCCACAGGUUUCUGUGUAGUUGAGCCGUCUGAGAUCAGAGCAUUUCAGGAUGUAUUUGUGUCCCUGACACUGCCGUACUCAGUGAGGAAAUAUGAGCAGCUAUCCAUUUCACCUGUUAUCUACAACUAUGGUGCUGAUCAACUGCAGGUGGCGGUUCACAUGGAACAAACGGAGGGGCUUUGCUCCCCUGGCUCAGCCACAACUUCAUCUUUUGUUAACAUCACAGUGGAGCCACAGUCUUCCCAGUUUGUCUCCUUCUCUGCUGUCCCCAUGGUCACCGGCUCAAUACCCAUCAAAAUACGUCUUUAUGAUAUGGAGGAGGGACGUGGAAUAGAUGCAAUUGAGAAGCCUUUGAAUGUGUUGACAGAAGGACUUGAAAAGACAAUGCAGGAGACCAAGGUGUUUAAAUUGGAUGGGAGGGGCACUAGUACGUUCAUUAUUGAUGGAUCUCUACCAGAUGACACAGUCCCAGGCUCCAGCUCCAAUAUUUUCAUUUCAGCAGAAGGGGAUGGCUUUGGCCCUUCACAUGCAAAGAACCUUCUUUCUCCUGAGAAGAUUGCGCGCCUGAUCGUUUUGCCCACAGGAUGUGUGGAACAGACAAUGACAAAACUGGCCCCUACAGCUUCAGCCCUCCGUUACCUCGACCUGAGUGAGCAGUGGUUCGACCUGCCUGCUGGUACCAGAGAUGAAGCUCUUGAUAAAGUUGAGCAUGGUGCUAUGAGGAUUUUAACAUUCAAGAAAAGCGAUGGAUCUUAUCCACCAUAUGCUUCAGUGAUACCCAGUAAUUGGCUGACUGCCCUCGUAGUGAAAGUGCUGUCGAUGGUAGCGGAGCGUCAGGCAGUGGUUUCUGGACAGCAGGACAGGAAUGCGAGGAUUGUGCCUGAAGAUGAGAUCCGGCACUCUGUCCGUUUCUUGCUUUCAGUGCAGGAGAGUGAUGGGACAUACAGAGAAACACAACGAAUGUUACACAGAGGAGUUCUGAACGACAAAGAUCAAAAAGCAUCCAUGGCAGCUUUUGUGACUCUUGCACUUCACCGGUCCCUUCAAUUCCUGCAAACCGAAGAUAGACGUAAUGCGGAAUCAAGCAUUUCAUUAACAACAUCAUACCUCGUGUCAAACCUUAAGGAGCUUCAGCAUCCUUAUGCUGUUGCCAUUACAGCCUAUUGCCUUUCAGUUAGCCUGCCAGCGGGAACAGAUCAUUCAUCAACCUGGGGACAACUUCAAGCACUGGCUGCUGAAGGGAUGAAUGGCUGUUAUCUGUGGACAACUAGACCUAACCCACAGAAGCUGAAGACCUCUGAUGGCAUCACUCUACAGACCACAGCCUAUGCCCUCCUCACUGCAGUGGAACUGGGGAAAACCCAGUGGGCAGACAAAACAGCCUGCUGGUUAACUACCCAGGAAAACUAUUUUGGAGGCUACCUAUCAUCACAGGACACCAUUUUGGCACUGGAAGCCCUUGCAGAGUAUGAGAUUAGGAGGUCCACCAGCCCGGAAGCAAAUCUAAUAGCAGACUUUAGAGUCCCAGGGAAGAGAGACAUUGUAAAGCUCGUCCUGGAAACAAAGAAGGACAGAGUGGAAACUGACCUUAAGAAACUUGCAGGGAACAACAUUCAUGCGCAAUUGACUGGAAGUGGCGAUGUCAAGCUAAAAAUUUUAAAAUCUUACCAACUACUGGAACCCAAGGAUGAUUGUAACCAAGUGUCUAUCAGCGUUACAGUGGAGGGGAAGGUGAAGUACACUGCUAAGGUCAUAGAAAAUUAUGACUACUAUGAUGACUUUGGUACCAACGAGGAACCUGAGUCACGAGUGCCUCGAUCAACGAUUGAGUGGUUGGAUGCUCGCACCCGUAACAGGAGGGAUGUUGAUUACAACUUAGAUUCAGAAUCGACUGUUACCUACAAUGUCUGUGUCAGUCAUAGCCUAAACAGAAAUCUCACAGGAAUGGCGAUUGCUGACAUCACACUUUUGAGUGGAUUUCAGGCUGAAACUCUGCACCUGGACACGCUAAAAGCGGAGCCUGAACGAUAUAUUUCUCAUUAUGAGGAGUCCUAUGGAAGAGUGGUGUUGUACUUCAAUGAGCUCUUUGACGCAGAGGAAUGUGUUACUUUUGAUGCCAAACAGACCGUACCAAUAGGCCUCCUACAGCCUGCUCCAGCUGUGUUCUAUGAUUAUUAUGAACCAAACGUUAAGUGCACUGUGUUCUACUCCGCCCCACAAAGAAGCAAGAUGAUCUCCAAACUGUGUUCAGGGGAUGUGUGCCAAUGUGCAGAAAGACCCUGUCAUAAAAUGCAAAAUACUUUCGAAUUAAGUGGAAGAGUGAAACAUCGCCUACAACAUGCUUGCUUCUCUCCUACAGUUGAUUACGCAUACAUUGUUGAGCCCGUCGAGGUCUCUAUGAAGAGUAACUUUGAGCUGUACAAAGUGAAUAUAAAAGACGUCCUCAGAUCCAACGGAGACAACCUUGUGAGUGAGAAUUCUGUUCGAGUGUUCGCCAAGAGGCGUCAUUGUAAAGGACACUUGGACUUGGGAAUACAGUACCUUGUCAUGGGCAAAGAUGGCUCUACAACUGAUUCAAAUGGAAUGAUGCAGUAUCUGUUGGAUUCAAACACUUGGGUUGAAAGAAAGCCUUCGGAAGAACAAUGUCAGAGAUCUACAUAUAGAAAUGCCUGUGCAAAGUUUACAAAGUUUACAGAUGAGUACAAGGUUGAUGGCUGCAAACAGUGAAACAGACUGACGAACAAAUCUGUUUCAUCAACUUUUCCAUCUUCAUUUUUAGUGAAGCUCAGUUAUUGUAGUUUGAGAGGCACAGUCAUCUAACAGUGUUGAAACCAAUUUUUUUUGUUUUUGCUGUUUAUAAGCAGUGUCAUGAAAGUAUAACAUAAGAGACAUUAUUAUUUGUUGGACAGAAAGUCGGGGACUGAAUCCACCACGGUAUCAUCUGAAAUGUUACCACUUACAAUGUGCUUAUUAAUAACAGUGUAUAGCUCAAAAUCACCUUAGCUCUCAGUGUAAAAAAUGACAAACAAACAAAUAAAAAAACAACUGUAUUGACAAAAA